CUGUUUUGGCAACACUGAAGGCAUUGGCCUAGUGAAUGGAUGUAUGGAUUAGUUGUACUUCUGUGUCGUUCUGGAGGCCUCUUUUGGGGGUUAAAUUGGUGUCGAAAACCUGCUCAAGUGCGGUCUUGAUUCCUUCGUGGGCCUGGUUCACACUCAUUGAUUGGCCAGUUCCCGAUCAAAGAUGUCACGAUUACCCCUGGCUCAGAUCCGAGGACUGAGACGAACCUUCUCUCUGCAAUAUCAAUACCACGCCCCUGGGGUCGUUUGCGGGUCGUACAUCCAAAGCGAUCGAACCCAAAAGACUUGCCGUAAUCAUCGCAACUUUGCCACGUUUAGCGUUCACUUGAGCAGCAACGGCAGCAACAACAACAACAACAACAACGGGAAUGAUGUGAACAAGGGCAGUAACAAGUCCGGAGCACCUACCUCCACCACCGGAGGAUCUUCCACAACUUCCUCUGGGAACGGAGGCAAUGGCAAAGACGGUCGAUUGAUCUGUCCCAAAUGCGGCGAUCCUUGUGAACACGUGAGCACGUUUGUGUCGUCAACGCGUUUUGUCAAGUGUGAGAAGUGUUCGCACUUCUUCGUGGUCCUGUCGGAUCACGAUGCCAAGGCCAAGGCCAAGGAAAGGCCAGGAGAGGCCGGAGAGCAUCAUCUGGGCAAGAAUGGUGGCCAGACUCGACGGGCACCUCCACCGCCCAAGAAGAUCUUCGAGUAUCUCAAUCAGCACAUUAUUGGCCAGGACAUUGCUAAGAAGACGCUCUCGGUGGCAGUGUACAACCAUUACAAGCGGAUCUACCACAAUAUUCCCGUGCAGAAACGAGAUUCGGGUCAUGAGAACGCCUCGUCCAUCAUGUCGGAUCAGACGAAUCAACUGCCAUCGCAUCGCGAUCUCUUGCACAUUGCGGGUAUGGGAUCGGCCUUGGGCGUGGGAUUUCCACCCAAUGUCUCGCCCUCAGGGAGCGGCACUGCCCCUCCUCAACAGCCACAACAACCGGAAGCUCAGGUGGGUGGAGCGGGCUCGACGGCACAGGACAAAGUGAGCACUAAUGCCCAAGGAAGCGACAUCCUGGAUGCUAAAAGCCACAAUUUGAGGUUGGAGAAGUCGAAUAUCAUGAUGUUCGGCUCCACGGGAUCGGGCAAGACCCUGUUGGCUCAAACAAUCGCUCGAUGCUUGGACGUUCCAUUUGCCAUUUGUGAUUGCACCACUUUGACCAUGGCGGGAUACGUUGGGGACGAUAUCGAGAGCGUGGUGGCCAAGCUCCUCCAGGACGCCAACUACAACGUGGAGAAGGCUCAAAUGGGCAUUAUUUUCUUGGAUGAGGUCGACAAAAUUGGGGCUGUGCCGGGCAUCCAUCAGCUCAGAGAUGUGGGUGGCGAAGGAGUUCAACAGGGUAUGUUAAAAAUGGUCGAAGGAACCAUUGUGAAUGUUCCAGAGAAGAACUCGGCCCGUAAAACCCGAGGCGAAACCGUUCAAGUAGACACAACGAAUAUUCUCUUUGUUUCUUCCGGAGCGUUCAACGGACUCGACAAGAUCGUCUCCAGAAGAAAGAACGAGAAAUACCUGGGUUUCGGCAUGAAGAGCCCGUCGAGUGAAGGCCGAAGGGCAGCGGCUCAAUCGGCCCAAAACGAAGGGAGCUCGGAUGACGCGGUUGAGGACCAAUUGGAGAAGGAUCGUUACUUCACCGAAGUCGAAGCCGGUGACUUGAUCGAUUUUGGUAUGAUCCCGGAGUUCGUGGGCCGAUUCCCCACCCUAGUUCCGUUCCACUCGCUCACCCAAGACAUGUUGGUCCGCAUUCUCACCGAGCCCAAGAACGCGCUGAUUCCGCAAUACCAAAUGCUUCUGGGCAUGGACAAGGUGGAAUUGACUUUCAGUCAGGAUGCCCUCAAGUGCAUCUCACGGCAAGCCAUCAGCAAGAAAACCGGCGCUCGUGGUCUCCGAGCCAUUCUCGAGAAGCUUCUCCUGGAUGCCAUGUUCGAGGUGCCCGGAUCAGAUAUCAUCUCAGUGGAGGUAUCCGAAGACUCUGUGUUAGGCAAGGCUCCGUUAGUUUACCAUUAUUCAGCCCCAGAAUCUGAAGAUCAAGCCCUGAAAGACAGCCAAGAUUCUGGCGAUUCGGAGUCGGACACCAACGGUCAAUCUCGAACUGCGUCGGCCAUGGGAGAAUGAUGAGAAAAACAACUUGCCGACCUUACAGUCAUUUGCCAGAAGAACUAAAACAGAAACCGCCAACGACGACCGACUACACAGAAGAAGAAAAAAGCAAUUACUAUUAUUAUUAUUAUUUUUGGAGGCCACCACUUAGUAAGAGAAGAUCAAAGGGCGGAUAAAAAAAAAAUAAGAUUUAAAAUUACAUUCUGCUGCUAGCACCUUAUUUUCAUUUUCAUGUUCAAUAUUGUAUGAAAACAAAAGCAACCUCCUUGUUCAAGAUGGUGUGUGGUUGGUUGGCCUUUGAGACAGUGUUGAUAUUGCCACUAUCCAAAGGAAACAAUGUUCUGUUGAUUCUGUGUGCGUGUGAUUGGUCCUGUGACCCCAAAUUGAGGUGAAUCGUGGAUCAUUAUGUCUAAUAAACAAUGAAAAUCAA